CCAGAGGCCCGAACUCGCUGCCGGAGUAUAAGACAUGUGGCUGAGACUUUCUCAAAUCUAUGCCUCGUUUGUAAUUAAAACGAUUAUCGCCACUAAUCAGAAAUAAACCACAGCAAGUUGGACGCUAAAACUAUUUAGCAGGCGGGAGUCGGCCGCAGCUGCAGUCGAAGUCGUGGUCAGGACACCCUGGGCCCCGACAUGACCGGAGCAGGCAGCGGUGGUCAGGGCCCUCCGGAUGGGUCCGACACCGAGGACGCGGAGAAGUGUCCGGUUUGUCUGGGCGUCCCGGCUGCAGGCGAGCUCGCCAUGCCCGACAGCUGCUGCCAUGUUUUCUGCCUCGGAUGUCUCCUCACCUGGGCAGAGAUGUCUCCGUCCUGCCCUGUGGACAGAAGACCCUUCAGUAGCAUUUACAGACUGGACAGCAGCCUCCGCCUUGUGCAGGUUCCUGUGAGGAGGCGACCGACUCCAACAGAAGCUGAACGCUGCAGCUGUAUGAACCCUGAACAGAAAGUCUGUCUGAAAAGCAAACCUGCUAGAAGGUCGAGGCGGCGGGAAACGGAGAGGACGGCCGGUGCCAAGAUGAGAGGACUUGUGAGGAAAUGUAACGAUGAUGACCCUUCUUCUCUGAGCAGAAAAAAGGUGAAGGCGUCGGAGUGCUGCACGUGGUCACCAUCCGCUUGUGUCUCAGUAACGCCAGCACAGGACAUUGCAGAUCCUGCGUGGUUGGCAGAGGAUGUACCACAUGACGACACAUUUGAGCGCUGCAAAGCUCAGGUGCAGCGUUGUCCUUGGCUGUCCUCUGCUGCUCCCAUCCCUGCUGACGGCGUAUCGAGACGUUCCCACAGAAGUGGCUGGAGCAACUCGUUUCCAUUCGGAUUCAUUUCGCCUUCGUUUACCUCCCCCUUAAACCCGAGUCAUUUUGUCUUUCAGGGUGUUGUCUGUGCUGUCACGUGUCCCAAAGGAGGAGAGAAACGAGGCGGCAGAUCCUCAACGUCCAAAGCACCUACCAAAGAACAAGUGUCUCUACCCUCCAGGAGAUCUCGACGCAACAGUAAACUCAGUGAGGAAACUCCCACGUCAGAUUCCAAGUCACCAACGCAGUCCAGUUUGUCGGACUCCGACUCGGCCGCCGGUCAAUCCAACAAGCCAACCAAACCGCCUCAGGCGCCGGCCAAGAGGAAAGGCAAACGGGUAACAAAUCGAAAGGCCGGUGGCAAGAGGAAAGCCAAGAAAAAAAAUGCCAGCUGCCCAGCAGCAAGCGAUGAAGAGGAGGAGAAAGAGGAGGAAGGUAACGGAAGUAGCAAAUGUGAGGCUGUAGAACAAGAAGAUGAAACUAAAGAGCAGGAUCUGAAGGACUCGGAACAGCAGCAAACUGAUGCUGAAGGCGACCUCAAAGAAAAGCAGAGCGGAUUGAACUCUGCUGAUGAGCAACAGGGUCCAGAAUCUUUAAACAGUGUGGAGCAGAGCGACGAAGAGGCUCCGGGACAAUCCAGUGAAGAGCCUCAAGAAAAGAGAGCUGAUGACAGAAGCUGCGACCUCUCCGCUCACAGUCCUGGUAUGUGCGCUGAAGGUGCUCAGAGCGAUAAAGAGGAAGAAGAGACGGCUAGUCCAAGACUGGCUGGAGAACAAGAGUCUCAGAAAAGGACUUCACAUUCCUCUGACUCUGAGGACACUCCACUGAAAGACUCUGCGUCUCCGUCUCCUCAAAGUGAUGAUCACACGGAGCAGGAGGAUACCAUGGAGACGUGUGUGCAAUCAGGAGAAUCCAGCACUGAAGAGUCUUCAAAGGAACCGAAGGUUGAAUUGGACAAAGAAGCACAAUCUGGUCUGACAGGUGAGUUGGAGGAAAACGUGACAAACAAUGCCACAUCAAAAGAAGAUACCGCACCCAAAGGUGGCACUUCGCCCAAUGCAGAAGAUGUCAUGCUCAAGGACACCACCUCCAAUGGAAAAGAUGCCAUGGUCAUGGGCAAAGGUGGCAUCUCACCCAGUGGGGUAGAGAUCAUGGGAAAGGGGUAUGUCUCACCCAAAGAGUACAUCUUUCCAAAGGGGGAUGCCUCGCACGAGGAACGCACUUCACUUGAGGAGAAAGGUGUCAUUCUCAGGGGUGAGGCCUCACUCAUUGGAAAAGAUGUCACGUUGAAGGGUGACGCUGUGCCUAAAGGCGACGUCUCCCUGAAGGGUGAUUCCUCACCUAAUGGGGACAGCACACUCAAGGUGGAAGACCCCAUGCCGCAGGGCAACUGUGCACCCAGUGACAAUGGAACGUCUAAGGAUGACACGAAUGUUGUGCCCAUGGAUUGCAGUUCGCCCCUGAGUGAACAUGGGAACAGUUCCUUUCUGAAUCUUCCAAGUGUGAAGACUUCCCCUGCUGCUUCAGAGACACUUGCUACUGUUCAGAACACUCAAGUCACCAAUGCUGACAGUGCCUCUGAACGACAAGCGAGGGAGGGGAGUCAUGAGCGAAAGAACGACAAGCAGCGGCGCUCUCGCUUCCACUCCGCAACCUCCACCUGGUCACCUCAGAGGGACUCCAAGAGGGAACCAUCCAGACGCUCACGAUCAAGAGACCGUGACGGCAGCGCACCUUCAAGUCGAUCCUCAGGAGCUCGCAGCAGAGACAGGGACAGAGACGGCGAGCGAGACCAUUCUAGAAGGAACCGCAGCCGUGACAGACGGCGGCGGCGAUCCAGAAGCCGCUCCAGAUCGAGGUCGAGAUCUAGAUCUCGAUCGAGAACAAGAUCCUACCGACGAGGUUCCAGCCCUGAACGGGCACCAUCCAGAGACUGGUCUCCCCCGAGGAAGGAGCGUAGGUGUGGAUGGAAGACUGGGGGUGAAGGUCACGAUGGACGAAGAUAUGGAGGUUCUAGCCGCUUUGAAAACGGUCUUCCUCCAGAAAGUUCUCUUGAUCGCCAGGGUUGGUCAGAGAAUCCUGACUGGGUUACAGAAAAGACUCGGUCUGAUAGUGAGAGCAGGAGCCGGGACUCUAGUUUCAGCGCCGGCUCACGUUGGGAAGACCAACGCAGGAGCGGAGGAGAGCUCCGUGGCCGUGGAGGAUUUGAACGAGGCGGAGGCUCUGGACGGGGCAGCGGCAACCGUAACUUUUACAACCAACAGGAAGAACCCUCCGACAGACGCUGGCAGCCCAGAAACAACUUCUCAGGAACAGGCAACAAUUCAGGGAAUGACUCCUACAGCCGCUUCAAUGAAAACCGCGUUGGUGGCCGAAAGAAAGAGUCGGAGCCAGGAGAGUCUAUGGUUGACCGGUCCGGCUGGUCCUCAGCAUCCAGCUGGGCCAUCAGGAGGACUCUGCCUGCAGAUGUGCAGGAUUAUUACUCUAAAAGAGAUAGAGGGUCCAGCAGCUGGAGCCGACAAGAGGAGGAGCAGCCGCCGGCAACAGCAGAUCCCCCGAAAAGCGACCCUCCCCCUCCUCCUCCUCCUCCUCAGGUGCAGGUAGUCCCGGUGAAUCCACCAGUAGCCGUGAUGAAUGUGCUUCCCCCUCAUCCUCCUCAGCUAAACGUUCUUCACCACCAUCAGUACCCCAUCCAGAGCCUGCAGGGACCCCUACCGGUCACCUUGCAGCCUGCAGCGCCCUUUGUCAUGCCCCCCCAGGUCCCCGUGCACCUCCACCGCGCUGUCCCGUUGAUUCAGGUGCCGACUGUUGGUGCCCAGGGCCUCCCGCCACCUCCUCCGCCGCCUCCACCCAUGCAGGCAGGAAGCCAGGUGGCUGUUACGUCAGCUCAGCCUGAUGGUCACGCAGCUCAGAUGGUGAGCGCGGUCAUCGGUUACGGCAAAUCUGCCCUUCUUGUCACGCCAUCCAAAGGGAGCGUGGGCCAGCCAGCCCCCAGCCAUGCGCUGCCAUCCUCUACGACUCAACCCAGCCAGCACAGCAAGGCUCAGGCUGACAGCUCUAAAAAAGAAAAGAAACAGCAGAUCCAAGAGAGAGCAGUAAAUGAAGUUAAAACAGCCAUCAAGCCAUUUUACCAAAAGAAGGAAAUCACAAAGGAGGAGUACAAGGAGAUUGUUCGCAAAGCAGUGGAGAAGGUUUGUCACAGUAAGAGCAGGGAGGUGAACUCCAGUAAAGUGGCCAACCUGGUCAAAGCCUACGUUGACAAAUACAAACACGCCCGCAAGAAAUGACCAGGAGCCCCUCACACCCGCCCUGCUGCUCAAGUGCAAUUUCCUCCUGCUGGAACCUGUGGUUUUUGAUACCUUUUAUCGAAUGAAGAUGUUUGUUUUUUUUAACAGAUUUUCAUAUUUUGUUAGAAAUGAACGACCUGACCGUAAAUUGUAACGCAAGAGCCCUUUAUUUUGCAUAAACCAUGGGACUGGAACUGCUGUACAGAGAGCAGCGUGUCUGCAGGAGAUGGAGGUGUGAAUGAACGACGGCGCUCUUUAAAGAUGGAGUCGAGAGUUUCCACGGGUGCCGGCUGGUACAUUGUCUCCUCUGUGGCCUCUUGGUGAUUGAUUAUUAAUAAUGUUUAAAACAAACCAGUUCAAUUGAAAUCCUAGUCAAAAGUGCUUUGUCCUUAUUAUUAAACUGAUGAUGAUUAUAAUCCAGUCACUGACUGGAUCCAAAGUUUCAGCUCCAAUCAGCAACGAGUGUAUCAGGUAAUGUUUAAAGGGGGGGGGGCGUGACCCCCACCCGCUGAAUGCAUAAAGAAUAUCUGUGCGUGUGGACUGUGCAGAGUAUCCAGAAAAUAGUGGAAUAAAUUAGCUGCUUCUGUG